UGCCUGUCACUGACUCACAUUGGUAUCACUUCUGUGAGUCCAUCACGGAAUUUUCGGCGAUUCCGUGAAGCCAGCACAGAUUCGGGGUUAAUUAAGUCCGUGAACAUUACACGGAAUUCUGUGAGAUCAGCAGGUGACCUGCACUUGCCGACUCUUUCCCUGACCUCAAGACAUGCAGCUGUUUCUCCUGGAGAAAAUAUCCAGUUCAACUGCACAACACCUAAACCAAGAUGCAAUGCUACUGCUGAAUUCCAGCUCUUCAGAAACGGAUCAUCUGUAUCCUCCCAGACACAUGUAUCUAGUGUGACUUUCAACCUUGUUAAUGUAUACGUCUCACAUCAGGGCAGCUACAGCUGUUGUUACUCCUACCAAAACAACAACUACCAAAAAAAGUCACCUUUGAGUAACACUGUUAUCAUCAAUGUGGUGAACUUGCAGCAGCCCAGCAUUUCCCACAGUGCUCCUGAUGGAUGGUUUCACGUGGGGCCUCAGGGGCCAGUGAUCAACAGGGGCCACAGUUUCACUAUCAUCUGUUCAAUUCAAUCUCAGUAUCCUGGAGGCUCUUUUUACCUGUUCAGAGGGUCAAGCAUCACUAGGACUGAGUCAGCUGUCAGUCACUCUGCCUCCUUCUUCUUUCCUGAGGCAGAUUUUUCACAGGAGGGAAAUUACAGCUGUGUUUAUGAAGUCAGUGUCUCCUCACGCUCCUUCCGUUCAUCUGCCUCUGAACUGCUGCUCAUCACUAUCACAGUGAAUUUGCAGCAGCCCAGUAUUGAUCCUGAUGGAUGGUUUCACGUGGGGCCUCAGGGGCCAGUGAUCACCAGGGGCCACAGUUUCACUAUCAUCUGUUCAAUUCAAUCUCAGUAUCCUGGAGGCUCUUUUCACCUGUUCAGAGGAUCAAACAUCACUAGGACUGAGUCAGCUGUCAGUCACUCUGCCUCCUUCUUCUUUCCUGAGGCAGAUUAUUUGCACGAGGGAAACUACAGCUGUGUUUAUGAAGUCAGUGUCUCCUCACGCUCCUUCCGUUCAUCUGCCUCUGAACUGCUGCUCAUCACUAUCACAGCCUCCCUGCUUCCUGUCAUUGGUGCUGCAGUGUCAGCUGUGCUGCUCUUAUUGUCUGUCCUCAUAAUCAUCCUCCUGCUGAAGAGAAGACAAAGGCAAAGGAACAAGGAAACGCAUUUAAAGUGCUGUUUUAGGAAAGGUGAAGCUGCAUCACAUAGUAGCAAAAAUGAAGAGGAUGAUGAGGCUGAUUAUGAAAAUUUUGAACUUGAUGAAAACAUGGAUCAUGAUGAAUCUGAACAGGACUAUAUUAAUGUGGACUCUGAUCAUUCUGAACAAGAUUAUGUCAAUGUGCACUCAGAUGAUUCUGAGGAUUGUGUCAAUGGUCACACUGCCAAGUCACAGAGGUCAUCGGGACCUCCCAUCUACGUGACCAACGAGUGA